UACGASAGGUUGCCCUGGCCGGUGUGGCGGCGCGUGAAGUUGGCGAUGCGUAUUUUCCUCACUCUUGUUCUGGCUCUGCUCGUGAGCUUUCCGGGCGGCGCGGUGCGUGCCCAAUCGCGCGCGCCAUUCGCGCCGGCCGAGGGGGCCUAUGUCAUCGGCACGGUCGGCGACUCUCUGGGUGAUGGCCUGUGGGAGGGCCUCUACCGUAGCUUCUUCCAGGACAAGCGAUUUCUGGUCCUGCGCGGCUCGCGCCGGUCUGUUGGCUUUGCGGAUUCCGACCUGACGCACCAGAUCGAUGCGCUGACCGCAAAAAUCCGGGUCGAUGCCUUGUUCGUGAUGGUCGGUGCCAACGACGACGGCCGCAGCUUCUUUGUAAACGGUCGCGCCAAUGCCCUGUUCGGAACGGACCGCUGGAAGGAGCAAUACAAGGCGCGGGUCAUGGCAUUCAUGGCCCACGCCGGCCGGCUCGACACGCCGCUGAUUUGGCUCCUGCUUCCGGCCAUGCGUACCGGAGAGAUGAACCGCGCCGCGAGCCUGAUCAACGCGCUCGUCGUCGAGGCGGCGGGCGAGCACCCGCACGUCGCGCUCGUCCCUACUUACACACUSACAUCGGACGCGAAGGGCAUCUACGUAACGCACUUCAAGGAUCUUCAGGGGCGGCUGCGUUUGAUGCGUCUACCGGAUGGCUUGCACUUCACGGAGCCGGGCUACACUGUACUCGCCCAUCAGGCGCUGGCGAAACUCGUCGAGGUUUCCCCACGCUUUCGUGCGAUCGCGCCUGCGAACGCUGUGCUCCUGAACUGGGCGGUKGGCCGCCUGAUCGGGAUGCUKGCAGCGCGUCCCGUCCUCCGCCGGAUCGUCCUCGGCCUCGGCRUCACGGCGAACCUCGGCCUSCUSGGGUUCUUCAAGUACUACGGCUGGUUUUCCGAAGAGCUCAACRCGCUUCUCGUCGCUUGGCAGGUGGGGCGCGAGCUUCCACUGCUCGAGGUGGUGCUGCCGAUCGGCAUUUCCUUUUUUACCUUCCAGGGCAUUUCCUACAUCGUCGAUCUGUAUCGCGGCGACCUCGACCGUCCCCGUCCGCUCGUCGACGUGAUGUUCUUCAUCUCAUUCUUUCCGCACCUCGUCGCGGGCCCCAUCGUGCGCGCGGCAGCCUUCCUGCCGCAGCUCGAACGCCCGCCGGACCCCGGGCGGGUUUUCGUUUCGCUGGGCGUCCUCCUCAUCGUCUGGGGCGUUUUCAAGAAGGCGAUCGUGGCCAACUGGCUCGCUGUCCUGUUGGUCGACAAGGUCUUCUUCGAUCCUACCGAAUUCGGCACGCUAGACAUCCUGGCCGGCGUCUAUGCGUACGCUAUCCAGAUCUAUUGCGAUUUCUCGGCCUACAGCGACAUCGCCAUCGGCGUGGCGGCGCUUCUGGGCUACCGCUUCCAGCGCAAUUUCAAUCAGCCCUACCGUGCUCAAUCGCUGACCGAUUUCUGGCGCCGCUGGCACAUGUCGCUGUCGAGUUGGCUGCGUGAUUAUCUCUACAUCCCGUUGGGGGGUAGCAGGCACGGGCGCGUGCGCACUUAUCUCAACCUUUUCCUCACCAUGGUUCUAGGCGGGAUCUGGCAUGGCGCAGCCUGGAAGUUCGUCGUCUGGGGCGCCUUACAUGGCGGGAUGCUCGUCGUCGAGCGGAUGAUAUGGGGCGCGAAAGCCGCUGAUGUGCCGGCGGGGCGCAGCGCGCUCGCCCGCGCGUUCGGCGGGCCGGCAAGCGGCGUCAGUGCCGAUCCCGCUACGGUGGCGACUUGCGUCACGAACGUGCUGGAGCAUGUGCAGCGUGGCAACAGUGGUUUCCGGAUCUUCGGCCGCAAGUACAGGUCUUUGCUGCUGCCCUUGAUGGGCACGGGUGACGGGGGGCUCACACUCGAGCAAGUGGCGCCUUUGCUGGUUGGCUGUAUCAAGCGUUUCUAUCGUUCCUAUCCGGACACCGCCUUGAGUGAGAUCUACCUGCUCGCGUUCACCAAUGUGCAGCGGUCGGCGAUCGAGGAUGCUCUCCUCGUUGAUGGCGAGUUCACGCCCGUGCCGGACGGCGCGAUCCAGCUGGCCUCYGUURUUCACCCAUUGCCCGUCGUGUCCUCGAUCUUGAUCUGGCUGCUCCUCGCCAAGGUCGGGCAGAUGCACGAGGUCUACAUUACGUAUCUGGAGCAGCCCGAUGUCACGGCGAAGCUGGGGCACAUUCUCCUUGCCGUUGCAGCAUUGGCGGCUGCGAGCGCGGCCAUCUUCUACAGCAACCACCUGCUGAGCGCGAUCCGCAUCGACGUCAUCUACGCCCAGUCGGGCGACUUCACGAAUGAGCGUCACUUGAAAAUGCUGCGCAACAGCGCGGGGGCGAUCCUUGCCGCGUCGCCGUGGCUYGGCGUUGCGUUCGGGACGAGCGCUGCGGCCCGUAUCCUGGAGGGGAACAUUGCAAGUCUGCGCAAGUCAGUCGAGGCAUUGCCGGCGCUGGCGGCUUCCGCAGACCCUGUGAUCUCGCAGAUGCAAGGCACGCCGAC